AUAGCAGUCCUUUCCCUUCGUCAAUUCCACAUGCCUUCCAGAUUAACUUUAAUAGUUUGUACACAGCCCUGUGUGAACAGCAAACAUCUGAUAAAGCAACGCUCCUCUUGUAUACGCUGCUCCAUCAGAAUAGCAAUGUCAGAACGUACAUGCUGGCUCGCACGGACAUGGAAAAUCUUGUUUUACCAAUUCUUGAGAUUCUGUAUCAUGUUGAAGAAAGAAAUUCACACCACGUGUAUAUGGCCCUUAUAAUUCUGUUGAUUCUUACAGAAGACGAUGGCUUUAAUAGGUCCAUUCAUGAAGUGAUAUUAAAAAAUAUUACUUGGUAUUCAGAACGGGUUUUAACUGAGAUUUCACUGGGGAGUCUCCUGAUUCUGGUUGUAAUAAGAACCAUUCAGUACAACAUGACAAGGACAAGAGACAAGUACCUUCACACAAAUUGUUUGGCAGCUUUAGCAAAUAUGUCAGCACAGUUUCGUUCUCUCCAUCAGUAUGCUGCCCAGAGGAUCAUCAGUUUGUUUUCUUUGUUAUCUAAAAAACACAACAAAGUUCUGGAACAAGCCACCCAGUCCUUGAGAAGUUCGCUGAGUUCCAGUGAUGUUCCUCUACCAGAUUAUGCCCAGGACCUCAGUGUCAUUGAAGAAGUGAUUCGAAUGAUGUUGGAGAUCAUCAAUUCCUGCCUGACAAAUUCUCUUCACCACAACCCAAACUUGGUGUAUGCACUGCUUUACAAACGAGAUCUUUUUGAACAAUUUCGAACUCAUCCUUCAUUUCAAGAUAUAAUGCAAAAUAUUGACCUGGUGAUCACCUUCUUUAGCUCAAGACUACUACAAGCUGGAGCUGAGCUGUCAGUGGAACGAGUCUUAGACAUUAUCAAGCAGGGGGUUGUUGCACUGCCCAAAGACAGACUAAAGAAAUUUCCAGAAUUGAAAUUCAAAUACGUGGAAGAAGAGCAGCCUGAGGAGUUUUUCAUCCCCUAUGUUUGGUCUUUGGUUUACAACUCAGCGGUAGGCCUGUACUGGAACCCACAGGACAUCCAACUGUUCACGAUGGAUUCCGACUGAGGCAGGACGUGUCCAUGCCCACCCUCCAGCCAUGCAGCCCUGCUAGUUAUCUUAUUUCUGGGAAUCAGAAGCAGACAAGUUGCCCAGUGCAUCUUAUAUCAGAGAGAUUUCACACAAGUGUGUUCCCUCACACACUUUGAUUUGGAGAUCAGUGCUGGUUGGCAGUACAUCACUCAGCUUAGAUUUUAGUGCAAAGGAGGGUGUACACAAUAAUAAAUGUAAAAACCUGCUACUCAA